CUUGAGACGUGAUGAGGAAUUAAGGGAGCCGUUAAAGAAUGUGUCGAUGGAGAAGGAGGCUGUGACGACGGCCACAACCGAAGAAGAAGAUGACAUGAAGGAGAAGAAGGACCGUCGCAGUCUCUUCGCGAGUUCGGCAUUCCUUACGACUUCUACACCUGUUAAGCCGUGGAGGAGUCCUUUUCUUGAGAGACAACGCAGGAAGAUCUUGAUGUGGGACAAGGAAUUAAGGGAGCCAUUACAGAAUGUUUCGUCGGAGAAGGAGGUUGUGACGGCGGCGGCGACUGAAGAAGAAGACCUGAAGGAGAAGAAGGAUCGUCGCAGUCUCUUCGCGGGUUCGGCAUUCCUUACGACCUCUCCACAUAUUAAGCCGUGGAGGAGUCCUUUUCUGGAAAGACAGCGCAAGAAGAUCUCGAUGAGGGACAAGGAAUUAAGGGAGCCGUUAAAGAAUGUGUCGCCAGAGAAGGAGGUUGUGAUGGCGGCGGCCAACGAAGAAGACUUGAAGGAGAAGAAGGAUCGUCCCAGUCUGUUCGCGGGUUCGGCAUUCCUUACGGCCUCUCCGCCGCCUUCUUCUCUUCCCUUGCCAGGUUCGACAUUCCUAACGGCCUCUCCGCCGCCUUCUUCCCUUCCCUUGCCGGGUUCGGCAUUCCUCACGGCCUCUCCGCCGCCUUCUUCUCUUCCCUUGCCGGGUUCUGCAUUCCUAACGGCCUCUCCACCGCCUUCUUCUCUUCCCUUGCCGCCACGUGCAUUUUUUACGAGACGCUCAAGUAAUAUUCUACCUGACAUUUGUGCUUCUGAUGACGGCGGCAGUGUGUUAUCAUCUCCGAUGGCUUCCUACGCAAUGCAAACAACAACAAAAAACAUAUUGACAAUGCAUAGCAUCCUCAUUGUCAUAAUUUUGCCAGAAAAAAACAUCAUUGUCUUAAUUAGGGUAAUGCUCCGUAUAAAAAUGUAGAUACCAAAACAGAAACAAUAAUAAUUGUAACAAACUAAAUGUUAGUAUUAUAAACAAUGUAUAUGUUACCUCCUUUAUUCUUUAGUUGCAACUUUGAUGAACUU